AUGGAAAUGCAGGAACGAGGAGUAACUGUUUCGAACAAGGUGAUUGCUCGUUGUUACCCAAUAGAGGAAUUGAUUCGUUCGGCUCGUCAUCAACGAUCCACUCGUCAACGGCGUUACGUUAUGCCUCGUACCACAACUGAUGGAACUGAGAACUAUGGAAAAGUGCUAAAUUCGUUGAUGUCAACAUUUGCUGAACGGGUAAGUCACAGCUCACUGAUAAAAAGACAGUUUGGCUUGUUUCUUAGGAUGAUAAGGCUAUUAUGACG